UCCCAUCUAUACAGGAUCCAUGUGAAUUGGAGGAAGUGCAAUAUUUUGGCAGUCUUUUAAAUAAGAGGGAAAAAAGCAGCAAGGGAAAACAGAUGACAACAAGGUUUAAAGAAAAUCCAGAUUUUGCAGCCAAGACAAAAGCUUUUUUAACCAUGGCUUCAGCAGGAAAUGUUCAGCUUCCAAGACAUGAAUCAACAAGUCCAAAUUUACAGUCACUGAAAGAAGAAGCUGAAAUUGAAGAAGUGACUGGAACUUCUCAGAAGCAGACAGUAAAAAAGACAAAUACACCAGUAAAGAUGACAAAAAGUGAUCCAAAAAAGGAUACUUUUUGUUGGGUUUGUCAUCGAGAUAAAGUUGUUGCCAACUGUCAGAUCUGUCCUAGAGGAUAUCACAUUCAGUGUGUACCACAACGAGAAAUAUCAGACAAUUGGGUCUGCCCAGAAUGUCAGACCAUAAGGACUGCUGAAGACACUGACUCAUGCUCUCCUGCACUAAAGCUUUUGACCAUCCCGGAGUUCUGUGGUCUGCUAAAAUACAUAAUGCAAAGGAUAAAAAAUGUUGCUAUGCAGCCUUUCUUGCACCCAGUUUCACGUCAAGAAUUUCCAGAUUAUUAUCAGUAUAUUGUUCAGCCCAUGGAUUUAAGUGUGCUUGACAAGAAAGUGAAGGAUAAAUCAUACAAAUCUACUGAAUCUUUUUUAGCUGAUGCUAAAUGGCUUGUACAUAACAGUGUCAUCUUCAAUGGUUCUUAUCAUCCUCUCACUGUUAAUGCCAAGUCUGUUGUCAAACAAGUUAAAAAAGAAACAAGAGAAAUAGAGAUAUGUCCUGAUUGUUACAGCCAUUCCUAUUCUUUGAAAGAUGAUUGGUUUGUGGAACCCUGUAGAAUUUCCCACACACUAAUAUAUGCCAAAUUAAAAGGCUAUCCUUUCUGGCCAGCAAAGGCUGUAAGAGUACUUAAUGACUUUAUAGAUGCUCGGUUCUUUGGUGAUCAUGACAGAGCAUGGAUUCCUGUCCAGAAGUGCUAUCUUCUCUCUAAAAAUCCUCCAUUGCCUAUCAAAAAGAAACAUUCUGGCUAUGAACAUUCAAUGGAAGAACUGAAAUCACAUCUGAGCCGACUUCAAAAGAAAUCUAUCCCUUUUCGGUAUGCACCAGUAAACACAGUGGUAGAUCCAAAAAAAGUUGUGUCACUUUUAAAGCCAAGUGACAAAGAUGAAACUAUCAAUAAGAAAAAGACUCAGCUUGUAAAACAAGAGGAGAAAAGUGAAAUCAAACAGGAGUAUUCUCAUUCAGUUAAAACCGAAGGUUCUCUGUUAUCGCCUGUGGAAAGUGCUUCAGAAUCUGAUACAGUAAGAAAAAGGGGGCGCCCCAGGAAAUACACACAACAGAUAAAAUCACCUUCAUUGCCAUCACCUUCUAACAUAGCUCCAGAUACAGACUCUCCAAAAAAAAGGGGACGUCCUAAGAAAUGCUCACAGCAGACAAAAUCAUCAUUAACAUCAACACCUACAUUGAAAACUCCAGAAGUAAAUUCACCAAAAAAAAGAGGAUGUCCUGGAAAAUAUGCCCAGGAGGUAGAAGAGCAUCUAGCUUCUAAAAGGUUAAAACAAGAGUCAGAGGUGGAAAAUGAAACUAUUAAAUCCCAUGAAGGUAGAAACAAAACCAGUUUGUCUGUUCAGAAUAGUCAGAAAAGCAGUGUUUCUGAAAUUUCCAAAUCAUCAUCUGUAAAAACUGGCAAUAGAAAAGAGAGAGAUGAUUCUGAUGAUGAAUUAGUAGGUGGUGACCUUGUCAUAGAUGAAGAUGGUGUGAAUGAAUGUAGUAAUGAUGAGUCUGAGAAAGUGGAAGGAAAAUUCUCUAGUAGGUCUUCCAAGCUUUUGGAGCACAACAAGAACAGACCAGAAAGCAACAAAUUAAGAAAGAUUUCAAAUGAUGCCAAAAAUAAAGAUGUUAAAAUUAAUGUUGUGAAUAAUAAUACACCAAUUACUGUGCAAAAGCAGAGAAGAAAUGUUAGAAAAACAUGUUUGAAUAAGUCUAAGGUCGUAGCACAAAAUAACAGAGAACCAGAUGAUUAUGCCUAUAGUAAAAAAAUUCAAGGCAAAAAAUCACAACAAAAACUUCCAUCAAAUGCCAAAGGAACCGAUGAUUUAUCAAAUGAUACAAAUUCGAAAGAAGCUACAUCUUCAGUGGAUAGAAACUCAGAGAUGUUUGGAAUGAAAGACUCAAAUAUACCACCUUCUGAGUUGAGAAUGCUGGUAGAGAAAGCUGGACAAGUGGACAAUCUUACCAAUCGAAUUAAUUCUCUUGAGCGUGAAGUCCAAAGGCUGAGGAGCCUUCAUGAGCAAGAAAUUGCUGAAAUGAAACAUAAUCAUAAAUUGACUUUGUUGGAGUUGCAAAACAGCUGGGAGCAGGAACAGAAGUCUUCUGCAGAAAAACUGAAGAAAUUAUAUGAAGCAGAGAAAAAUAAAGAAGUAGAUGCGGCCAAAAAAAAACAAUGGUGUACUAACUGUGGCAAGGAGGCUCACUUCUAUUGCUGUUGGAACACAAGUUACUGCACCUACUCCUGUCAACAAGCACACUGGCCAGUUCAUGUCGACACCUGUACUCAGGCACAUCAAGGUUAUGUUACUUCUGUCCCUGUAACAAGUACGUAAUUGUAUAUUGUAAUGUAUCACAGACACCCUGACCAGCAGACCUGUUUUCAGGUCCCACUUUGAGGUCUCCCAAUAUUCAUCCUUUUCACCAGCUGUUAGUAACCUGCUGUUUCACCACAGGCAUAGUGAUCUAUGAACAUACAUUUAGAUCUCAUAUCAAACAUAUUUUGACCAUUUUUCACAUUCAAAUAUGUUAUUUGUGUUUUACUUCUACAGGCACCAUGAUGUCAAAAACAUCAGAUCAUUUUACACAACGUCUCCUGAUUUUCGUUGCUGUUACCUGAAUUGUAUUCUGCAGAAUGCAUGACAUUAAAACUGAAAAUGAUUUCUACAUCAAGGUUUCCAUUCUUUCUUCUUUAUCUUCAGAGAGCAUUGAUAUUUGGAAUUAGUUACUAAAUGGUUCAUUAGAAGAAACUUAAAUAGUAUAUUUUAGUUGCAAAUGUCUUUUCAUUUGUUGUUUGCAAAAUACAACUCAUAAUAAGAGUAGCAUGUUUGAUAUGUCCAUAUAUAAUUGUGUACUGUAUAAAUAUACACUUUGGUAAUUCAUUCAUAAGAAACUGUACAGUAUACAAACUUGUACGUUGUAUGCUUUCUUUUUCACCAAAUAGUUAUUACAUACAUUUUCUAAGGGAUUUGUACAAGAUGUGUGUUAAAAUGCAUUCUACUCAAUUAUAAUACUAACAGUGAAAUGUGUAGUUUCCCUUUCAUCUUUUAGAAUUGUUGUAUUUAUGUAUUUGUUUUCUGUACUGUUUGAAUAGAAAAUACUGUAAAAAUUAUUUCCAACAUUAAAUCAUCACUUAGAAGUUUUGCCUUGAGAUAUAAGUCAUUUUAUGCUUCAUUUUGUAAACAGUGAUUACAUAUUGGAUUUGAUGACUCAAUACAUAAGUGAACGGUGUUUGGUAACUAAAAUUUACAGUAAAUUUGAAAAGCGUUUAAAUAAAAUAGCUUUUACAUUUCAAUUGGAAUAAAAUAUAAAACUUUUUUGUGUUAGCAAAUUUCUUUCAAAAUACAGUUAUUCAACUGUUUAUUUUAAUGCAGAGUGAAAGAGACAUUUUGUCUUUUCUUUUUGUCACUGCAUGAGAAACAACUUUCAAACAAUUAAGAAGUUAUCAUUAUAUUGAUCAGUUUUAAUAUUUAAAAUUGGCAGUCUUUAAUAUACCAGCACUGCCUGGUUAUUAGCAGAAUGGUAUAGCACAGUUUUAAUAUGUAAAAUUUGCAGUCUUUAAUAUACCAGCACUGCCUGGUAUUAGCAGAACUGUAUAUCACAGUUUUAAAGAUAGCAAGUUUUUGGCCAUUUAAAGGUAUUUCUAUAAGUUUAUUGCAAGAAAAUUAAUGAGUGGUGGUGGUGAUCAUGAUUUUUUAACUUCUUGUCUUUAAUAUUUAACAAGUUUCAAAUGUUAAGUUUUUAAUGACAGUAUAAAUUUUUUGUAUUAAUACAUACAGUAGGGAGUUUAAAGUUGUUUUUGUCAACUAGAUAAAGCAUUUUGUUGUUUAUAUAUAAUCUACUUGUAGUCUUAAAUGCACUUGUUUUAAAUUGUUUCUGGCAUUUUGUUGUCUUAAUUAAAAAUAUAAAUUACAAUGCAUAUAUGUUUCCAAAACCUCAACAAAAGUACAGACAUUAUUUACAUCAAUUUUAAGCUUAUCUGGUGAGAAAACUGAUUAAUAUGUUAAUGAUCAUUUUGUGAGCAUUAUUUUCUGCUCUAUAAUAUUCAUUACAUUCAUUUUAGUUUGCACAUUUUGAAAAUUUGCCAUUAAGAGCAAAGCUACUCCUAUGUACAAAAUAAAGAUACUACAUUUUAACUGAAUAUUAGCUUGAAUCAUGUACACAUAUUCUGGCAUUUUAUCAUCAUAAUUAAAAACAAGUUCUUAAAUUAGAAUACAUACAUUUGUUUCCAAAACAUUAACAGAGUUACAGAAAAUUUUUACAUUAAUUCUGAGUUUUGAUGAGAAACAUUGAAAAUGUGUUGGUGAUAUUUUUGUAAGCAUUACAUUCUGCACUAUAACAUUCAUUACAUUUAUUUUAUUUUGCACAUUUUAAAAGUUUAUUAUUAAUAGCCGAGUUACUCCUAGUGUCAUCAUGAAGAAUAUGUACAAACUAAAAAUGGUACAUUUUAACUGAUUGUUAGCUUAACUCAUGUACACAUGUAGUAUUUUCUAAUGUCUUUCAUGUUUUUAGAGUAAAAGCACUUAGUAUUUUGAUGGACAGUUUGGCAUUUAACAUUUUAUCUUGGAUAUCAAUAAAAACAAUGUCACAUGCAACUGGAAAUCUGAUUAACAGAAAUUUGUAUAUGCCUGCUGACAGGUGGAAUAUAUUAAUAGUCAUUUUAUUUUGGGUCAUAUCUGUACUUGAAUUUCUUGUAAAUAAAGUACAUUGGUUCAUCAA